AUGUCAAACUUUGAAAAAGAAAACGAAAACAUCGACACCGUGAUCAAGGAGGUGAUGGAAGACGUCAUCGCGGCAGUGGUGUCUGAUUCCAUCGAGGCGACCGUCCAGUCGGUGCUCCAGGACGUCCUAGCCAUGGAAUUUGGCUACGGAGAACAUCUUCACCUGGACACUAACACCGAAAACAUUAUGGACAAAGAUAGACGGAUGGUCGCCAUCGUCGAUGCCAGCGACGCCUCCGUAAACGGAGAGGUUGUACUGCGGUGCGGGGAUGAGGAGGACAUUCAGGUAAACGGCGGUGACAUCGAUAAGACGACCUUCUGA